AUGUCUCUGCAGGUCAACCUCUCCAGCAAGGAGAUUGCGAAUGCAUAUCAAGAUGUCGUCAACGGAAGGGGAAUAGACUGGGCGAUCUUUACCUACGAAGGUGGUACAAACGAUCUGAAGGUGCAAGCUACCGGUAACGGUGGGCUGGAGGAGCUAGAAGAGGAGUUCUCAGAUGGACGCAUGCAAUAUGCUUUUGUGAAAGUUAUAGAUCCCAAUAGCCAACUGCCGAAACUCGUCCAGAUCAACUGGUGUGGAGAUGGUGUUCCAGAAGUCAAGAAGGGUCUCUUCCACACACAUUCCAAUGCCGUGGCUCGAUUCCUGCGAGGGAGUCAUGUCGUUAUUAAUGCCCGCAAUGAGACCGAUGUAACACCCUCGCUAAUUAUGUCGCGGGUGGAAGCUGCAUCUGGUGCAAAGUACUCCGUUCAGAAAGAGGCGCCACGCAAAUUCGAGCCAAUUGCACCUGUAGGCUCCAGCUAUACGCCUGUUGGCAAGGUCGAUAUCGCAGCGAUCAAAAAGGCUGCUCCUCCUCCGGCUGCAAAACCAGCCCUUCCCCCCUCGUCAUCGCGUCCUGGUUUCGGCGCCCCGAAGCCAGUUGCGUCUGCAGGAUCCCUUUAUGGUCGCACUGUGCAUAGCGGUUCUGCUCCUGCGGACGCAUGGCCGGAGGAAAAGCCAAGCCCGGCCGCAGCCGCCCCAACACCUCGUGCGGCUUCUCGUCUGCCGACAGUGCCAACGGCGUCUCGGCCAGCAUUCAGCUCUAUGACGCCCAAAGCUCAGCCAGCAUUCUCAGCACAAGCGUUCUCAGCUGCUCCAGUUGCAGCACCCGCACCCGCGCCUCCCCCUGCACCUCGUCCUGCAGUUGCACCCGUCGUCAGCUCCAAUGUCCCUAUGAAACCGGCGGAAGAGGACCGGAUAGAGCCAGCGAAAAGUGCCUACACUCCAGUUAACCUGCCAGCGCCAAGGAAGCUUAAGAAUCCAUUUGCUGCCAUGGAACAGCAGCAACAACAAGCACAACAUACGCCAGCUCACAGCAACGCUCCGAAGAAACUGACUUGGUCUGAAAGGCAAGCCUUAGCAAAGAAGCAGGCUGAAGAAGAGGAAGCAAGGAGUCGAGGCGCUGCAUUCACUCCACCCGCAACCACCCCCAUUACGAAACCGGUCUUUAAAUCCAACGCCCCAGCGUUCGGAAAGGCCACGGUUCAGCGCAGCACACCGAGGAACUUUGGAGCUGUCGGCGCCGCUGCGGGUGUCGGUGCUGCCGUUGGUGUUGGCGCGGCAGCGGCUGCUUACUCCGCUCGCGAACCCUCUCCUCUUCGCGAACCCUCUGCUCCACCGUCCCCUGCUCCUCCGCCACAAGCACCUGCUUCGUAUAUUGCUGCACGAGAGGCUGUUCAAGAGGCUGCUUGGGGCACCGAGGAGGAAGCCGAAGCUGCAGCAGAGCCUGAAUUCGAGGUGCCUCCUCCGCCUCCGCCUCCGCCUCCGCCCCCGCCUCCGGCACCUCCAGCAUCUCUCCGAAUGCCGGAGGUGGAGGCGGAGCCAGAGUUUGUCCCGCCCCCGCCUCCUCCACCCCCGCCUCCUCCACCCCCAGCUCCUCCAGUUGCACAGAUGGCAGCAUUGGCUAUUGCUCCUGAGCCCGAACCCGUACAAGCGCAGGCACCUCCUACCGGUAAAGGCGUAGUUGCAAUAGUGUUGUACGAGUACGAAGCUACGGAAGACAACGAGAUAAACCUCGUUGAAGGAGAGUACAUCGAGCAGAUCGAAGAAAUCGAUGAAGGCUGGUGGUCAGGUGUUGGUGCUGGUGGAAAGAGCGGUUUGUUCCCAGCAAACUACGUCGAGGUUGUUCAACAGGCCGAAGUCCAAGAAGAGGCCGCUCCUCCUCCUCCACCACCACCACCGCCGCCGCCGCCGCCGCCGCCUCCACCUCCUCUCGCACCGGCGGCACCACCCGCGCCGCCUGCCCCUCCUAGAGCGCCGACGCCGCCGCCGGCUGACGUCGGGAUAACUGCCAUUGUGCUUUACGACUACGACGCAGCUGAAGACAACGAGAUCAGCUUCCGCGAAGGAGAGGUGAUCACCGGGAUUGAGGCGGCGUCGGAGGAUUGGUGGCAAGGCACGAAUCCUCGUGGUGAAGUUGGGUUGUUCCCGGCAAAUUAUGUCGAGGUUCAAGAGUAA